UUACCCCUUUCUAAUUAAUAAAAAUUUUGGCACAACCUGUUUUGUGAUUGAAAUUGUGUAAUACAUUUCGCAAUAACCAAUCACUUAAAUAUUUCAAAUUUUAAUAAGAAAAAAGAACGUCGGAAUGGUAAAUGAAACGGAAUUUUGGACCGAAAUUCGAAAAGGCAUACCAAAAUAUAAAAAAAGGAAACCGCGAGUUGUUCCAGCUUUCACUAUUCAAACAUUGCAAGAAAAUACUGUAGUUGAAAAACCUCCUCGAUGUGGAUUAUACAAACCUCAACCACCAAAACCAUCAACAUUUAGAAAAUUCUAUGAAUGGGGUGUAUUUCCCAUUUCCAUGGAAAAAGAUAUUCAUGGCCCAAAACUUAAUUGGAAAGUUAACAUUGAAGAUCUAGAUUUUCAUCAUUACUUACCACUGUUUUUUGACGGAUUAACAGAGACUGAAGAACCAUAUAAAUUUAUAAUGGUGCAUGGAAUAUCUGAUAUGUUAGAACAGGGUGGCCCAAAAAUUUUACCUGUUGUACCACAACUAAUAAUUCCUAUUAAAAAGGCUCUAAACACAAAAAUGCCGGAAAUUAUUUGUACAACAUUAAGAGCUGUUCAGAAACUUGUACAAUCUGCUGAUUGUGUUGGAGAAGCUUUGGUACCAUAUUUUAGACAAAUUUUACCCGUUCUUAAUUUAUUAAAGGACAGAAACGUGAAUCUUGGAGAAGGGAUUGAUUACUCACAACAAAGGGGUGAAAACGUUGGAGAUUUAAUUCAAGAAACUCUUGAAGUACUUGAAACAUAUGGAGGUGAAGAUGCUUUCAUAAAUAUCAAAUAUAUGAUUCCCACAUAUGAAUCAUGUAUGAUGAAUUGAAUUCUA